UCUAACUGUUUAAUAAACAGAUUAAAAAACAAAUAUAGAGACAAACAUAAACAAAUUGUAAGUUAUAAUACCAUUAAACCUUAUUACAAAAAGCAAGAUUGAGGCAAGCUUUUUUAAACUAGUUUGUCGUAACAUCUCUCCUUACACUAAUAUUAUAGCAAGAAGAUCGUGCUAAGGAAAACAGCAAUGUCGGCCAACACAAAGUACAUAUUCCAAAAUGAGAAGUAAAUCCGUAAAGGCAUGAGCAAAGUCUCGGUUAAGUGGUAAAAUCCCACAGUUGACGUAGGCGUGGACGGCCUUAAGAAAACUCACUCUUGUGUCCGCAAAAAUUGGCAAUCGGCCAAUUCUCGCCGUCAUUGGGGGACAGUUUGAAGGUACCCGAAAUUGAGUGUACGCGAAAACGACAGCGUCUCGGCAGGGUAGAAUCUCUUGCGAGCGAGAAGAGAGCGUCAAAUAAGGUGUAGAAUGAGGAAGACAGAGUGCGAAAAUAAAGCCAGCGUAGGCAGUGAGACAAAGCUAAGAUAGAAUUCUGAGAAAGAUAGGAGAUGUGAAGACGAGAAAGAGCAAAGGAGAAAGAGAGAAACAGAUACGGAGUGGGAAGCUGGCGAGAGCGAGGGGAAGCUCGAGAGAGAGAGAGAGAGAGAGAGAUACCGAGAGAGAAAGGACAGAGACCGAGAGGGAGGAGCAGCGGUAGUUCAGGAGCAAGGGUAGCGGGGGAGGGUCGCGGCUUCGAAUCAGGGGUUGCUUUCAGAGGAGCACGCAGUGCUCUCUCGUCUCGCGAGCCGGGAGAACGGGAGAGAACGUGCGUGCCGGUUCACAGGAAGAGGGUAGCUUCCUCGCACCUUCGGCAGGUUCCUACCCUCGUGGUUCCCCCGUCGUUCGUUGCCGUCAAAAAAAAAACUCACGGCAAAAUCGCGACAAAAAUCGGCCGUGUCGACACCUUCCACCUUUCUUCUUCCUCCCUUCGUUUCUCCGAUUUUCACAUCUCCGUGAAAUCUGGACGAGACACUCGGGAAUGAGACGACAGCUGAUUAAUGCGUCGGGAUUUAAGACCAGGUGGAAGAUCAAGGGCUAACAUUCGUGCGGACAACGUGAUCCUCGAGCCGGAUGCGAAACGCUCGUAAAAAUGGACGGAGGGGUCCCUUCAGCGCAGUUUCGAGUUUCGAGGGGGUUUAACCGACCGAUUUGCUACGUCUUCACUUCCGGGAUAAAACGAACACGACCAGGAUAUUGGGUUAAGUUAAGCGAAGUUUAACUUUCCUACAGUGAAAAGAAUUCUGCUCUCGUGUGGCCGAAGAAUUGGAGAAUCGAUUGUCGAACGAGCGCGUGAGAAGAGUAGCUGGCGGGUAUUAAUCAAAAGCAGGGGAAAAAGUACAGAAAACGAGUUCUCAGAGUCGCACGCCUACAGUAACCGCGACAAAGAACAAUGUAUUAUUAAUCAGAAGAUCCCGAAGAUGCGCUAAGCCAACAUUAUCCGCAUCCAUUAUUAGAACUCCCUUCAAAGAGACUCGCAUCUUUAGACAAUUCGUCACGUCUUCCUAAAAGGCUGAGUGACGCGCAUGUCAGGCAAAAAAUCGUCAUCGCAGUUUAAUGAGACGUAUAUCGAUGAUCGAAAAAUGUGACAUCCGGCACAUCUUUAAGAGCGAAUGGAGAGGAUGACGCAUCCCUCGCGCGGAGGGAUGACAGAUCGAGGAAGAGCGUUUUGCACGUCGCCGAGUUGCUGUCGGCGGGCCAAUUAGACACGAAAACGCUCGAUUGAGAGUGAAAACGGGUCCGGAGAAGGGAAAUCGCUGCCGAGGUCGGGAAAAUCGCCAGGCGAGGAGAAGGAAACGGAAGAGCCGUGAGAAAUGGCCGCCGGUUCAGCGGUAGCGAUGAUCGGAGCUAAUCUGAGAUUCGGCAUCGGCGCUUCCGGGAAUGUCACGUCCAACGCCACCAAGGUGUUCCAGUGUCACCCCGGCGGUGUAACCGAAGCCACGGUCAUAUUUAGCCUCGGUGCAUUGGGGAUGGGGGCGAAUAUCAUCCUCAUGACGUUGAUACUGGCGAAGCGACAGCUGCGCAGGUGGUCUCAGGGACUGUUAUUCCACCAAGCCAUGGUGGACUGCGCGAGGGCCGCUAUAUUGCUGCCCCUAGGCUCCAGUAUAUUGAAUUGUCAGCCUGUUAACAAGUGCUCCCUGGUUGAGACCGCCUUUCUGUUACUGGUGACCGUUUCCACGGUGAAUAUGCUAACGACUGUGCUAAACGACAGCCCGGUAUUCCCAGAGAGCGACGAGGAGGCAGAGCUGACCGCUCCCUUGUUGAUGGACUCACCCCAGUGCGUGCUUUUUGGCACCUUUAUGAUAUGGUUCGCCAGUAUAACUAUCAAUCUAGGACCCACGUUUCUUAGUGGAGCCUUAGCGGCAAACACGGAGAGCGGUCACAACGCACCUAGCUGUCCGUUGGUACAUGGUCCUUUUCGCCAUUAUAUACUCAAUGCCCUGUGGAUUGUCAUCAACAUUAUUUGUGUAGCGCUCACGCUCUUUCACUUGAGAAAAUUGCACAGAGAUCUAACGAAAGCUAAUGUCGAAGCGGUACGAGUAGCUGGUCUCGUUACAACGCUCGUUAAUGUGACGGGAGGACAGCAGGGUGCAACGAAUGCACUUGCAACUGAAGACGGCGACACGAGGAACGGUACGACGCCAAAAAGGACGGGUGCCAUUGAGGAGCACCGGAAAAUGAGAAAUUACCUCAGGAGGAUGGAACGCGAGGGUGUGCAGAGGGUGAAAAUGUUCCUGGUCAUAACAGCGGCGUACGUCUUGUUCUGGGGACCAUUGUUUUUCGUUACCCUGGUGCACCACCCCGUCAUAGGGAAUCCUACUGGCUACGAGGUGACUUUACACAUCGCGUAUGUGCACGCUUUCGUAAACCCGACUCUGUUCCUGGCCCUGCACCGGGGGCUGCGACAGGGGAUGUCGGACGUGUGUUGCGGCUGCUGCGAAAGCAUCGCCCGGUGGAUCCUCGGAUCCGCCGCGACCGGCCCGAUGCAGAACGUUCAGCUACCCCGAUACGAGCCGCCGAUGAAUCUUCCCUCGCCACCGGAUCCACCCCUGGCGUCGGUCGCACCGGCAUGUAACCUUUCUGACGUGGCACUCCUAAAACCACCCCUGCCACCGACUGCCAAACAUUUACUGGUGGACGACUCCAUCGUGAUACCACCCGAUCCUUGGAGUCUGAGUUCGCGACCGAAGAGCACGUCUAGUCUGUACGAAGAGGAACUAGCUAGGAGACCGAGCCUUCUACUACCACCACCAGCGGAACUAAACGAUCUGCAAAUGAGCCCGACGAGUAGUGACUUGCCCAGCGAAUAAACGACCUUAAUCAACAUCGAACCAAAAAGCGCAUCAAGUGCAGUGUAAAAAUAAUUGUAAAAAGAUAAAAACAGAUUAAAAAGGACCUUCCUAUCCUCUCAAUCCUCUCUUGAAGCAUUAUACUCUAAUCAGACAUUCAUAUACAUUUAUUGAUAAAAAGCCGAAAUCAAAUGAGUUAUGUAUUAUAAAUAUUGCGUCAUUUAAUGAUCUUUUAAUGAGCGUUAAUAUAUAAUCAGCGAAACUAUUAUCUGCAAUUGCGUUUGAAAACAUCCGUAAAAUUUUACGUUUAUGCAAUUUUUAAUGUCAGCAUUAAUUAGAUGGAAUUAAAGAUUAAAUUGUAAAUCUAUAUAAAAUUGAAAAUUUGGUUCCUAUGGAUAUUUACGAUAUCAAAUAGGCGAGAGAACAUUAAGAUAAUGUUAAAAUUUCGUACGAAUAACAGAUCUCGACUUUUGUUAGGGAAAGAAGUUACUCAAAAUUUAAUAUGCACAUUUACUUUUACGAUGCGUACAUAUGAUAGAUUUUAAAAAACUGACAGACUGACUUUUCACAAAACUCGUACUCAUGUAUAAUAUAUGUAUAUCAAUUUGCACAAAUCUAACGUCCAAAAUCGUCAGUUAAAAUAAUGUAAAGAUCAUUACUUUCAUAUCUAAAAAAUGACGUUAUCUUGCCACAUUUAGAACAUUUAUAUGCAUUUUAAUUAUUGCAAAUGCAUGAUUAGAAUUUUUUCCAACAUUUUUUUAACGAUUUUUAUCCUAACAAAUAACGUGCUAAUGUACCUUGUCAUUCAUGGAAUCCCAGAGAUAAUUAACAAAAUAUGAACAUCUUUCUAAACAAUUAUAACGCAGUAAGUUACUGAUAAUUAAAAGAUAAAAAAAUUAAGCAUUUAAAAAUGAAAUACAAUUCUGUUUAGAAUUGCAGCGUUAAGACCGGUAUUCAUAUUUGAUUUUUAUUUCAAGACCAUUUCAAUCUUAAGAUGCUAAAGAAACUCUAUAACUGAAAUGACAUCUUAAGAUUUAAGACGAUUUUAAAUAUAAGAAUGGACUAUGAAUACUGGUUUAAGGGGUGAUUGUUCCAACUUCUUGAUAAACUUUCCUAUCAGAUAAGCAAUAUGUCUAUCUUCAUUUUUUCUUAAAUAAAUGAAAACACAUAUUUAUUUGAUAGAUAAAUUUAUCAAGAAGUUGGAACAACUGGACCUUAAAUUAUGUUAAUUUAAUAUUCUAGAUGUGCAUUAAACUUCAAUGCAUACUUUAUAUAAUAGUAACUAAAUAAUGAAAGUAUGUUUACUUAUCACUGCAAGCAGAAUAAAGUUCAGAUAUCAUUUGAUAUAAUUCAAAUUAAAAUUCAAUUUCUUUUUCAUUUGUAUAUUAUACGUUAUGACAAAUUAUAAAAAAUAAAACGUGACAGAUCGAGGAGAGAAAUGCAAUUCACCGGGCAUCAUCUAAAUGUAUCUGUGAUUGCUUAUAAACGUCCUAGUCUCUUCGUCAUUGUGGUGUCACUAAUAGAUUCUUAGAAGAUAUAUAUUAUACAUAUAUUAUAUUACAGAGCGAAACCUUAGAGAUAUUAAAUAAUAUUAAUUUUGCUUUUUCAGCUAGAACAGAACUGAAAACAAAACAAAUAUCUGGCAAAUCAGAGAAUUAUAUAACACAUAGUAUAAUUAUCUAUAUAUGUAUCUGGAAGAAAGAUUUAUAAUUUCUGUAUUUAGCCGAGCUAUAGGUGCACUUAUUAAAUAUAUGCAAAGAUCGAAUGCGCAGUCCUGCCGCGCUUAAAGUCCUUCGUAAAACUAUUGCAUGAGCUUCUUCAUCUGGGGACUCAAUCUUCUCAAAACGAAAUAUUAUAUAUAUUGAAUUACAUAUAUAUUUUCUACGACAUUUUAGAGAUUACACCCGUUGCAACCGCAUGAUGCAUCAGCGUCCUGCCGCGCCGAUCAAUUAUGCAUUACAUCAAUACUUUUGUUUUAAACAAAUAAGAAAAAUUAACAAGAGUAUGUAAGCAAAGUACCCAGUCGUUUAUUCGACAAAUAGAGAACGGAAAAUAAUUACAGCCAAUGUAAAUAUGAGCCAUGUGUAUUCUUAAUAUUAAUAAUCUCUAAUUAUUUUGAAUUUAAUGUUAUAAUUAAAACAACAGCGAACCAAAACCGAGAUAUUUCCAUAUAUUUCCAAAUAUUUGCUCAUCACAUUUCUAUAAUAAAGAAAAACUUGAAUUCGAAGUCUUACACCUCGAAAAAUUAUAAUGUUAAAAUAAUUAACACAAUAUUAGAGAACAUAUUAAAAUACGAUCGAUUCCGAAUAUUAAAGCAAAAACAAAUAAUAUUAAAAACAAUCAAAAUUUAAUUGUACUUAAAAUUGACAAAUUAUGAUUGAUUAAAUGUGAUUCUUUAAAGCACGUAGUAUUUUGCGAAUUAAAAAUAUAAUUACGAGAAUAAUUAAAAGUAAUGAUUUCCACUAAUUUAUGUAAAAAUUAUUCAUAUCAAGCUGCAUCACACUACAUCGUAGUUAGCAGAUCAUAAUCGUGAUAAAUUAUCCUUUAAAAAUCUAACUAGCAAAUUUCAAGAAAAAUAUUUGAAAUUUCUGAAUGUGGAAUCUAAUGAAAAAUAAUUCUUAACGUGUUUAUAUUAUUUGUAAGUCUAAUUGAAAGCAACACAAAUUGAAUAUAUCAUUAAAAUUUCUUCCAAAAUUAUAAAUAAUAUGCACUAUUGGCAUAAUUAAAAAUAUAUUAAAGUGUAUUAAAAGUAUCAAUGUAAAAAUUGUUUCUUAUUGUAUAGCAAAAAGCAUAUCAAUGUAGAGAAGUGUGAUGUAUUUAAAAACGAAUAUGCAGUAUAACGUUACAUGGCAAAUAUCGAUAUUUAUUAAAAUUAUGUGAGAUUAAUAUCUUCACCCAAUCUUUUGUUUCUUUGUUCACCAGAGAUGUGUUAAAAGCAGCGCACGAAGGAUGCUGCUUAUAUGUACAAGUCAAUUAAUUGUAACUACCACCAAAUACUUUCUUCUUAGGUAUUACGUCGCGUGUGUAAUAAAAUGUUUAAUGUAAAUUAAUGUAUAUUAUAUAUGUAAGAAAAUGGCAGAACAAGACCGAAAUUUUUUAUUGUAAUUUUAUAAAUGCUAUAUCAAGAACGUAAAUCGAUUAAUAGCAAUUGUAAGAAAAAAAUCAAUAUUUAGAACUGCACUAAAAAUAUAUAAGAUACGUUUGAAUUGCAAGUGUCGUAGUCACGACUAUAUAUUUAAAAUAUGAAUCGUGUAUUUUGGGGGGAGUAAUAUUAUUUUAAUUUAUCUCCUAUGUUUAUUUACUUCUUAUUUCUCAAGGAAUCAAAAAUAUAAAAUUUGAAAUCUGUUUGUUUGAAAAUGUUUAUGUAUUUUAAAAUAUACUCAAUAUGUAAAAUACGUAUACCCAAAAUUCUAAAGUGUAAUUAUUUAAAUAUUUAUACCAACGUAUCUAACCAAUCUGUUCAACUUUUAACAAAUAAGUAUAUCUUGGAAUUGUUAUUAAAAUCGAUUUUUUCAUAGCGUUCUUGAAAGUUAAAGCAUUCAAGCGAAUUAUUCUAAAUAAUCUCAUCAGGGCAAAAUAUUACUAUUAAGAACAUUUCUAAGAAAACGGUGCCUGAAAAACCGAAAUACUGCUGUAAAUUGGCAGCAAAAUAUGCGAAAUGACAUCGUAAACUACAUAAAUUAUACAAGUAUAAAUUUAUCCUUGCCAAAAAAGAAAGAGA